AUGAGAAGAAUUAUUAAAAAUUCCUUAUAACUUAAUUAAUAUUUUAGUAAGGAAUAUAAUUUAGUAUAUAAAAAUUUUAUUUUAUAUAUAUUAUUAAUUGCAUUUAUUAAAUUAAAAUUUAAUAAAAAUAAUAUUAAAGGAAAUAAACCAUCAAUUUAAAUAAAUGAAUAUGCUUUAAAUGCUCUAUCUCCAUUAGAUGGAAGAUACGAAAAAAAUAUUAGCGGAUUAAAAGAAUAUUUUUCAGAAAAAGCUCUAAUUAAAUAUAGAAUAAAAGUAGAAAUAAAAUGGCUAUUAUUUUUGAUAAAUAAAAAUAUGGUCAAAAAUGAAAAAGGUGAAAUUGUUAAAAUAUCUCCAUUAGAUUUAGGUUUUUUUUUAAAAAAAUACCUAAAAUAAUAUAUUAUUUUAUUAGUAAAUCUUGAUUAAAUUUAUGAAAAGUUUGAUAUUGAAAUUGCAAAAAGAGUAAAAGAAAUCGAAAACGUAACAAAUCAUGAUGUAAAAGCAGUUGAGUAUUAUAUUAAAGAAUAAUUAGAAAAAAUCCCAGUAUUUAGUUAAUUAAAAGAAUAUGUACACUUUUGUUGCACGUCUGAAGAUAUAAAUAAUUUAGCAUAUUCUUUGAUGCUUACUAGAGCUAAAGAUAAAUAUCUUUUGAAUUCUAUUGAUGAAGUUUAAUUAAAACUAAUAGAAUUAUCACAAAAAUAUGCAGAAAAGCCUAUGCUUUCAAGAACUCAUGGAUAAGUAGCUUCACCAACUACAGUUGGAAAAGAAUUUGCUAAUUUUACUUAUAGAGCAAACAGAUAAAUAAAACAAUUAAAUAAUUUUAAAUUUAGUGCAAAAUUAAAUGGAGCUGUAGGAAAUUUCAAUGCUCAUAUAUUUGCCUAUCCAGAAUAUGACUGGGUUUCUUUAAGUUAAGAGUUUAUUGAAAGUAUCGGUUUAGAAUUUAAUCCUUAUACAACUUAAAUAGAACCUCAUGAUUCUUUGGCAGAAUUUUAUAAUACAUUAUCUUUAUUAAAUACAAUAUAUUUAGGACUUUCAAGAGAUAUAUGGAAUUAUAUAUCUAUAUCUUAUUUCAAACAGAAAUCCAAAAAAAACGAAGUCGGUUCUUCUACAAUGCCACAUAAAGUUAAUCCUAUAGACUUUGAAAACUGUGAGGGAAAUUUAGGACUUGCAAAUAGUAUAGCAAAUCAUUUUUGUUAAAAAUUGCCUAUAUCAAGAUUUCAAAGAGAUCUUAGUGAUUCAACUGUAAUGAGAAAUCAUGGAAUAGCUUUUGGAUAUUCAGUUGUUGGUUACAAAAGCUUGCUUAAAGGUUUAGAUAAAAUUGAAGUAAAUAAUUAAAAAAUGAAUGAAGAUUUAGAUUAACAUUGGGAAGUGUUAGCUGAACCUAUUUAAACAGUCAUGAGGAAAUAUGGAUUAGAAAAUCCUUAUGAAAUACUUAAGGAUUUGACUAGAGGUAAAAGUAUUGUUUAAAAGAAGAUUUAAGAAAUUUAAUUAAAAAUUCAAAAUUACCAGAAGAUUAAAAAUUAUUACUUUAGAACUUAAGCCUCAUAAUUAUAUAGGAAAUGCUCAUAUAAUGGCUCAUAUAUAAAAAUAUUUAUGAAAUUCUCUUUUUUUUAUUUAUUAAUUUUUAUAUUAAAUUAUAUUAUGAUAAAAUAAUAUAAAUAUUUAUUUUUUUGCAAUAUUAAAUACUUAUAAUAUAUAUUAUAAGUAUAUAUAUAUAUGUAUUUGUUAUUUUUUAUUAUAUUAUAAUAAAUAUAUUAAUAAAUUUUAAUACAUUAUAAUAUAAUAAAAAAUAAUGAAAUUUAAUAUAAAUAUAAUAUAAUUAUUUGUAAGUAUGAUUUAUAAUGA